CGAUGUUAAUUUUUUUUUAUUAUUAUUUGUAGAAAAUAAUUUUAUUUGAAAAGAUGAACAUUAAAGACGAAGAUCAUGUAUUACCAUCACCUACUCCCCCAUGGACCGAUGAUGAUAAAGAAGAUAAAAUGAUGGAAGAGGAUAAAGACAGUAAUGGAAUAACUGUGUGUGCUAAUUGUGAAACAACUACUACUCCUUUAUGGAGAAGGGAUGCUAGUGGUAGAACAAUAUGUAAUGCUUGUGGUUUAUAUUAUAAAUUACAUUUAGUACAUAGACCUGCUACCAUGAUGAGAACAGUAAUUAAGAGAAGAAAGAGAUGUUCUGCUAAUGAAAAAGCAGCAGCAGCAGCAACAACAACAACAACAACAACAACAACAAGACCACCAUCAUCAACAACAGUACAAGAAAAACCAAGUCAACGUAGAAAAUCAACUAUUACUGAAAUGGAAGAAGAAAGUCAACAGCAACCAUCUGACAUAUUAAGACGAAGAAGGAGAUCUUUAUCACCUAGUUAUAGACCUGUUAAAUAUACAAAUAAUAGCAAAAACACUAGUUUACCUUCUCCUAAUAAUAAUAAUAAUAAUACCAAUCCUAAUGAUAAUAAUAACGGAGGACAUUCUUUUGUAUUACCUCCCCUUUACCCGCCUUCUUCUACAUCACCAGCAUCCUAUGCUCAUAGCAAUAAUAAUAAUAAUAACACUACUACUACUACUACUUCUACUACUACUAUUAGUCAUCGUUACAUGAUGAAUGAUGAUAUUCAUGUGUGUGCAAAUACAAUCGAAGCUCAAAGGGAAUACAGAAAUAGUUUACAGAGAGAAGUCACACGACUUACAGCCUUAUUAUCUGAUACCGUAGCUAUGUUACAAAAAGUGGACAACGCCAUAGCUAAUCCUAUUCCUCCUGAUCAAAUAUGUCAAAGAUGUAAUAAAUAUCCACCCCCUUCUUCUUUCUUAAAUCUAUCUCGUUCACCACCAGCACAUCAUUUGUCAACCACUCCUCCUCCUAUUACAGCACAACCACCACCUAUUGGCAUCAUGUCACCUUUUGUUAACCGUUCACAUCGUCUUCCUCCUAUCUCAUUAGGCCCUUCACCGAGAACAUUACCCCCUGUGCCUGCUGUUCCUUCAUUUUUACCUUAAAAAAAGAAAAGAAAAUUGCAUAUUUUUUUUUGUAAUAUAUUUUAUAACACUUUGUUAUUUGUUUGUUUGUUCUGUUUAAUUGUACUUUAUUACUAGUUUUUUUUUUUUUUUUUUUUU